UCUGAUGGACCAACCACAGAGGUCCCACAGGCGGCCACGGCUCAGCACAUGACCCACCUGCCGCUCUAAGACCCGAGAGUCUUAAAGCUCGCCGUGCCAUCGGCCUCGCUUCCCCCCCUUACUUUCGGAUUCAGCCGUGCAUGUCUAAAAGAUUCUAAAGUGAACCGGCCCUCUUUGGUUCACCUCUUGGGAUUUAACGAGAGCAGCUCGAUAAGAUCCGAGACCGAAGGGGGCGACGGCGAUAGUCUGUUUCUUCUGAGCCGCAGAACAAGUCGGCUGCACAGGGAAACCAUGCCGACCGCCAAGAGCAAGAAGAAGAAGCCGAAGAAGGAGACCUUCGAUGCGGAGGAGCCGGGGGAAGUUGGUGUGGAGGUGGAGAUGGAGGAAGUGACCAAUAGAAGCCACUCUGUCAGCAGAGACCCGUUGACCCCGGAGCCGCACGAUCCAGCACCACAGAAGAAGAAGAAAAAGAAGAGGGCGUUUACUAUAGAUCAGGAAGCAGAGAACGCCGACGUGCCGAAUGGUAACAUGGCCGAGCCCGACAUGGACGGAGAGGAAAUGACAUCUGCUGUAAGCAGGAGGACAAAAAGGAAGAAGAAGGCCAAGGCGGCGGAGCACCACAACAGUGACCUGGUGGUCGAGGACGACGACAUCACCACAGACGCCCAGUCCCCGAUCCCCCAGCAUUCCCUGUUCUCCGCCCCGCACGGACACAGCCAGCCGGUCGGCAAAGUCUUUGUGGAGAGAAAUAGGCGUUUCCAAGCAGAGCGAGUCGAGCAGCACCGACACUCGGAGCUGAUGGACGACUACCUGGACCCCAGGCAGAUCUGGAACACCAGAGACGUCGCGUUGAGGGUCCACAGUGGCUUCAGGUGUGCACACGCACACAUCUACACCAUAAGACACCUCCUUACUUACAUGUUGUGUGUGUGUGUGUGUGCGCGUGCGUUCCCCCUCUGCAGGGUGGUCGGACUGUUCUCUCACGGUUUCCUGGCCGGCUACGCGGUGUGGAACAUCAUAGUUGUGUACGUGCUGGCAGGCGAGCAGAUGACCACGCUGCCCAACCUGCUGCAGCAGUAUCACCUCCUGGCCUACCCGGCUCAGUCCCUGCUGUACCUGCUGCUGGCCAUCAGCACCGUGUCGGCAUUCGACAGGGUGAACUUAGCCAAAGCCUCCAUGGCGCUGAGAGGCUUCCUCACGCUGGAUCCUGCCGCUCUGGCUUCUUUCCUGUACUUCAUAGCCCUGAUCCUGUCCCUCAGUCAGCAAAUGACCAGCGAUCGCAUCAACCUCUACCCUACAGCCAACGAGACUCUGUGGCCUCCGGGUUCAGAGCAGCAGAUCCUGCGGCCGUGGAUCGUCGUGAACUUGGUGGUGGCGAUGCUGGUGGGCCUGUCCUGGGCUGUCGUCUCCACCCGGCCCGACGUAGACUACACAGAAGAGUUUUUGAUGUCAAUGGAAGUGGAGGCCUUCCCAAGAGGAGAUGAGACGGUUGACAUCCCCGUGUGAAAGCCCUGACUGUCCGUCCGCCUCAGUUACCCCGUUCAUUUAAUGUUUUUGUACAAAACGUCAUCUAGCACUUUAUUUUGCUGAUUGUUAUUUUGUAAAUAAAGAAAUCAGUCAAUGUGUAUCACAGUGUA